AUGUCGGGUCGAAGCGCUAUCGUGCGUAAGGAGAAGACAAAGGUUGUCGUCAAGUCAAGUACCAGCCAUGCGCCAGUAGGAAGCUCCCAUAGUUCAGAUAGAGAUCCUUCCAUUUAUCGACAGUUCCCAGGACCACCGGGUGUAGGUAGCAUCAAUGGCGAUGGUUCAAACCUUUACCAACCUGAGCUCGAUUGUACAUCACCCGUUCAAGGGGACUUUCAGACCAUUCGAACAGGCGGUUCAAGUGGUUCAGAUCACCUCGAAGACCCUAUGUUUCAGCAUUCUAUGUAUGCACGAGCAAAAAAAGUACCCACGCCCACCAUCAACGAGACGGCCGUACAAAAAUCAAAUUUUCGUGCGAGGUUAGAUGAAAAGAGUGACAAUUUCCGAAAUAAUCUCGCAAAGACGUUUGGCAAAAAGAAAAAGACCAAGACAGAAGACAGAACAUUAGCUACAGCCAUGGCCAUUCGAUCGGAUUCUCAAGAGCUGGAUUCAGGUGGACAUGGCCGGCAACCACAAAAGUUUUCGGAGCUUCCAGGAGGUGAUUACCAUUUCAAGACACAAUCAAGAAGUCAACCUAUCAUGUCAUGGUUUGGUCAGAAAAGUGAACCAUGGCUUUACAACAUUCGAAGAGAUAAAAGUUUGUUCUUGGAUGAUGGAGACACUUAUGUUUAUCUCAAUGCCCCAGACUCCUCACAGCACACCCCAGUCAUGCGAGUCCACUCAUGGGCUCUUGAAGAACUUGGAUCUGUUGUUCUCAGCGAUCUUCUUGACAAAGGAACGGUGGAUCAUCGAAAGACCCCAUCAAUGAGUCCGACAAUUCACUAUACGGUCGAUUUGGUUCCACCUCCCCAUCUUUCUGCUCAAGAUGCACUUCGCCACCAAAUCACCAGUCGCAAUCUCAUCGCGUUGGCCUAUAAAGGAAGUAUGAUUGGCUUUAGCUUUCUUCAAGCACUUGCUGAUCUACACGAGCGAAUGGAGGUAACGAUGAGUGUCGACGUUGAUUGUGCGGGCAAAAUCAUUGACUGGAUCAAGGAAAAUGUGGGAAUGGACUGCCGAAACAAUCCUGCCAAAGCUUGCGCCAUCUUGGCUUGGAGUGAGGGUACAGGUGUUCGUUGGAAGGAGGGCUGGAAAGAGGCAUUCGUUCAUGGAGUUGGCAUGUAUAAUCAAAUGUCCGAGUUGCCUGAAUGGCGAAAUGUAUCGCACGUCACCAGAGCUCAUAUGGAAAACAAGGACCUGGCACUUUACAACCUCGUAUGCGCUUGUCAAGAGCGUUUACUGGAAUUCAACUUUGACGACAUGUGGCCAGACAUGGGUUCCGGUAAAUCUUCGAGAACUAGUUUCAAGAGAGCUCAGGGAUUUUUCCAUCAGUACUACAAGUCCAACCACCGAUCCUGGCCAACUACCAAUUCCAAUAGCGAUGAGAUUUGGCUUACGAGAUUGCUAGUCAAGAAGAUUCAGGAGGACUUUGGUGGCCUUUAUGAUUAUCUCGUCAAUCGUGAAGUUAUAUGGGAUAUGGCAGAAGAAAGAAGCUCCAGAAAGUGGAAUAUGGUUCAUCAAAAUAACAGAGCAUUCCUCGCAGAUACACCGGAUCUUCCAAUCACGGAUAUUUUGGUUGCAUUCGACAACCGAUUCCAGUAUCCUCAUCUCCCACAUCCUUAUUGCUUGGAGCCCAAGGCUUUGCAAGAUGCACACAAUCCAUUCAAGAACGCGAAGAAUGGUGCCAACAAGAAUGGCGGCAAGAAACCUAAUGGAGCUCAGGACAAGAUGGCUUUUCGAAAAGUGGCUUCAGCAUAUACUGACGCGACCAAUGUCUUUCUACUUGGCCAAGAUUUUGUCAACAAUGACCUGAUUGAGAACUUUCUCAAUUUUGAAAAGAAUGAUCCGGUCGAGGAUGGAGAUCUAGCUGCGGCACGAAGAGGUAGAUGGGUCCUGAUAUAUGGAGUUCUGCAAGCACUGGCAACAAUUUCUGUGGAUACGCAAUCUCUCUGCUAUACAGAUGGUGUUCAAUAUCAUUUAUGUACUCCCGUUGGCCCAACGGAAGCCAUGCCACCUUGGAAGAAUGUUCUCCCAAUCCAGGAUUGGUCUCGUCAUGAACUCAGUCAUUGCUGGACUGUACCAAAAACCUGGGUAGAAUCAGACUCCAGUGAACAGGUCGUGCCACCAGCUCUCAGAACUGCCGCUAGUGGAACUUUGUUUGGUGAUAACGAGCGACCAGUUCCUGUUCGUUCACCUACUGGCCCAAUGAUGUCCCCGCCCACGAGCAGUGUCUCCUCUCAAGCCCGAACUCUACGAUCUCAAUCUGUCAAUGAGCAUGACAGUAUAAGUUCCGCUUAUAGUGGUUAUUCACCCGGAAUUGAAAAACUGAAUGAAUGGCCAAUCCGAGAAGAAAAUGACUAUGGACAUAGCAGCGAGUAUCAAAGUAGUAGAACUGGUAGCGAGUAUGGUCAGGGAAGUGAGUAUGGACAAACAAGAAGCACCGGCAGUGAACACGGCUACGGAAGAGAAUCCGCUCAAGGCAAAAGACAUCCUCGCUCUUACAACCGCGAUCACAGUCGAGAGGGAAGUCGAGAUCAAAGUCGUGACCGUCAUGCAUCGAAUUCUCCACAAGAAUAUGGCAGUCCAGUCGACCAACAAAUGAAGCUUCCAAUGCGCACCCAAAAUCGCACCGCACCUUCACGCGAACAUCUCAUCAGUCCUGUUGCUGAAAACAGCUUUGCUCUCCGAGAGUAUGUCACUAGUCCAGUUGAGCAGCAAGUCAGAGCACCAUCACGCAGCCGACGUUCACCAGCUACUGGAUCACCCCCUCCCGUUCCACCAAAUCACCCUGGCUACCACCCCGAACAAGCAGCCGCUCAUCCAGGCCAACUAGUCUACGAUGGAAGCCGAAAUCCCAGCAGAGAACAUUCUCAAGUCCGUCCUCAAGGAAUCCCUCCACUUUCACCCAUCUCACCCCUCCAAUACCCCGGCGAUCAAUUCCGAAACGGCAGAGUGGGCAGAAAGCAGUUUGGCGGUGGUGAUUCGACUAGAGACUCAAGUAUGGAGCGUGAACGCGAGCCGGUUCGGAAUCAUCGUGCUCCUAUGCUUCCACCGCUUGAGUACGUGACUGGUGACCAUGGCCGAGGUCAGGUUUUGUCGCCCACUGGUCAGGUUCUACAGGCGAAUCGCUAUCAACGUGGUGGUGCGCCUCGUGCAGAUGGGGUGGACUAUAAUUUUUGA